UUUGCCUUUUUGUCUCUUGUAGCAGAGUUUUGCUGUGGGUUCUUCGUGAUCCUGAUCCUGAGCAAUUUCUGGUUCCUCGCUGUUCUGUACCUGCUGUGGCUCUACGUCGACUGGGAAACGCCGUGCACAGGGGGCAGACGGUCCCAGUGGGUCAGGAGCUGGACUGUUUGGAAGUACUUUAGGGAAUAUUUUCCCAUUCAUCUUAUAAAAACUUCAGAUCUGAAUCCAAAUCACAACUACUUACUUGGCUUUCACCCUCAUGGGGUCCUGGUAGCUGGAGCCUUUGGAAACUUUUGCACCGGUCCAAGUUUCAAAAAUUUAUUUCCUGGGCUUACUCCAUAUCUUCAUAUCAUGCCCAUCUGGUUCGGCUGUCCCUUCUUCAGAGAAUACAUAAUGAGCGCUGGAAUGGUUUCCGCAUCCAAGGAGAGCGUCUCGUACGUGCUGAAUAACGAAGGAGGUGGCCACGCGUCCAUCAUUGUGAUCGGAGGAGCAGAGGAGUCUCUGAACGCGCAUCCUGGGAGUUUGACUUUGAACAUCCUCAAGAGGAAGGGCUUUAUUAAAAUGGCCUUGAAGCAUGGGGCUCAUCUGGUCCCGGUGUUCUCCUUCGGUGAAAAUGAACUAUUCAAGCAAGUGGCAAACCCCAAAGGUUCAUGGCUUCGAAACGUACAGGAGAAGCUGCAGAAGAUAAUGGGCUUUGCUUUACCACUAUUUCAUGCUAGAGGAGUGUUUCAGUACAGUUUUGGCCUAAUACCCUACAGGCAGCCUAUUCAUACAGUUGUGGGAAGCCCCAUCCCUGUGAAACGGAACUUGAACCCCACCACCGAAGAGAUUGAAGAGCUACAUGCGUUGUACCUACAGAAACUAAGAAAAUUGUUUGAAGAACACAAAGGAAAUUAUGGGAUCCCUGAGCAUAAAUCUCUUGUCUUCGAGUAGCAAAUUACAACUUGUAAUUCCAAAUCUCAUGGAAAAAACC